GACCCACCCGCAUAAAAGCCAGCGCCGAACGUGGGUAGUACAUAUUUGCUCAAAGCAGGCAGCGGAAGGAGCAGCAUCAUGUCUGGCAGAGGCAAAGGCGGGAAGGGGCUCGGCAAGGGAGGCGCUAAGCGCCACCGCAAAGUGCUGCGCGACAACAUCCAGGGCAUCACCAAGCCGGCCAUCCGCCGCUUGGCUCGCCGCGGUGGUGUGAAGCGUAUCUCGGGGCUGAUCUACGAGGAGACUCGCGGUGUGCUCAAGGUCUUCCUGGAGAACGUCAUCCGCGAUGCUGUCACUUACACGGAGCACGCUAAGAGGAAGACGGUGACGGCCAUGGACGUGGUGUAUGCUCUCAAGCGCCAGGGACGUACCCUGUAUGGCUUCGGCGCUGUUUGGUGUUUCUACACGAUGGCGCGCACAAAGCAGACUGCGCGUAAGUCCACCGGCGGGAAAGCUCCCCGCAAGCAGCUGGCCACCAAGGCGGCCCGCAAGAGCGCCCCGGCCACGGGCGGCGUCAAGAAGCCGCAUCGCUACCGGCCCGGCACCGUGGCUCUCCGCGAGAUCCGGCGCUACCAGAAGUCCACCGAGCUGCUGAUCCGCAAGCUGCCCUUCCAGCGCCUGGUGCGCGAGAUCGCGCAGGACUUCAAGACCGACCUGCGCUUCCAGAGCUCGGCCGUGAUGGCUCUGCAGGAGGCGAGCGAGGCUUACCUGGUGGGGCUGUUCGAGGACACCAACCUGUGCAUAGUUUCGGUCAUGUCUGGUAGAGGCAAAGGCGGGAAGGGGCUCGGCAAAGGAGGCGCUAAGCGCCACCGUAAGGUGCUGCGCGACAACAUCCAGGGCAUCACCAAACCUGCCAUUCGCCGCCUGGCUCGGCGUGGUGGCGUCAAGCGCAUCUCGGGGCUCAUCUACGAGGAGACUCGCGGUGUGCUCAAGGUCUUCCUGGAGAACGUGAUCCGCGAUGCCGUCACCUACACCGAGCACGCCAAGAGGAAGACCGUGACGGCCAUGGACGUGGUCUACGCGCUCAAGCGCCAGGGACGCACCCUCUACGGCUUCGGUGGUUAAACUCGAGUUGCAGAGGCUGUUCACAGGACUCGCUCCGUCAAAACAUCAAGGCUCUUUUAAGAGCCAC